CGUAUUUCCCUUCGCAUUGCCCUACCAUCUAAGAUUGGAAUUUACGGUGCCGAACAUCUAGUAAGAGUUUUUUUUGGUGAGAGGAACCGUACGACGAAAUUAACGGAUGUCAACCAAACUCAGCCUCCUACCAACGAUUCUAAGAUAGGAUUCCGUGUCUCUGGGCUACUUCGGGAAAGGAAACACAUUCUCGAUACCGGAGUCGAUAUAAAGAAUGCACGUCAUGGCUGGAACCGAGAACGAAGACCCGGUAUUCCAGUUGAUGAUAUUGCAAAUGACCGAGAGAAGCUCGAAGAGAAAGCUAAGAUUGAAAUGCGACAAAUCUGA